AGGAACGAUGCAAACAAGACUUUUUUGGAAGCCAGUACCCGUACUUCAACGAUGUUGGAACAGAUGCUUAAUGGUUACGACAAGAGACUGAGGCCAAACUUCGCAGGUAAAUAUCAGUGAUAUUGUGUGUAUUCAGGAGCCGAUCCCAGAGUAUUCGAAACCGGCCUACUGACGCAACCUCGUCACCAAGACUUUUCCCAUUAUCUAAAGGAGGAGCACUGGGGACGAGGUUAUAGUCGUUGGAAGGUUACCUCGUGUAACUGGCAACAUGUUGGAAUGAUUCACGCCCGCCAUGAUCGUAAGUGAAUGACAGCCGGGCUACAGUAAGCCCACGCACCUUUAAAGAGCCAAAGGUCAUAGUAAACCUAAGUUCGUAAGUGGAUCACUAGGCACAGUAAACCAAGUUCGCAUGUUUGUCUGGACCUCAGGUCACAGUUAGCCCAUGUUUGUCAGUGACUCACAGUGCCUCACAGUAGAUACACCCGCUUUAGUACACCACAAGUCAUGGUACAACCAUGUUUGUAUUAAAGCCUUGACCACUGAUCAAAAUACGCCUAUUUUAGUGAGUAAACUCAUUUAGUUACUUCAUUCACAGGUUCUCCAAGUGAAAUAAAAAUUUCCAUGCACGUGCUUUCACUGGUCCCGAUAAGAGAGAUCGACAUGGUAAGGGAAUCAUAUACACCACCCUUAAACGUUAUACUUCCUUCUUUAUGCCAGCUCCCGCUGGAAUAUGGUACUUUGUGAUGUACGGCAACCAUAGUCAGGGACACGCAACAGCGGUUUCCUCCCAAAUACAUUGAAAACACUUUUUAAGCUAUCCAGAAUGCUUUUAGAUCUGUAGAAAUACAUUUUAAGAGGCGCUAUAAAAUUUGUAUCUGUUUGGUCAUCCUAGGGAAGCUUGAGUCUUUUCGAAAUAACAAGGGCCUCAGUCUUAUUUUCCCGAACAUUUUAGAAGCAAUUUAACGUAUUACGAAAGUGAGAAUUUUUCUGAUUCCUCUCUCUAUCACAUUUUUGAAUCCGAAAAUUUUAGGUUUCCUUUUUUCUACGAUUUUUUUUUUAUAAUAGCCUAACCUAGGGAGUAAAAUGUGAAAAACUAAACUUCAAAAAAUCAUAGAGAAUUUAUUAGAAUAUAAGCUUCGAAAAUUGUACAUGAAUAGAACGGUCACCUAGAAAUGUUUAGCUGUCCUCAAUUAAUAGAAAAAUCUAGGCAAUAAUUAUUGUCUUCUCCAAACAUAUAUGUUACGGAAAACCGUCGUUGGGUGCCCCUGUAUAGUGUUCUUACCGGAUUAUAGAUAUUCCUUACCAAGAGAACCUUUUUUGGCUUGACCUCACCCCAUUAUUUUUAAGAAUUGACAUUUAUUUGUCACUGAGGAUUUCUGGGUGUUUCAAGAUCGAAACAGAUUGUAAUUGGCGAGUCAUCUUCAGAUGGUAGUAUUUUAUUUGUCCUUUUCUUUUCUCAUAAAAGGAAGCGAGGGCCGUCAUAUUCUUCCGUGAACAUUGGACUGAUCCUCGUCUAGCAUAUGGUCCUUCGCUGGGAAUUCCAAAGAUGAAGCUCCUUGGGAAUAUUGUUGAUCAAGUUUGGCUACCAGACACAUAUUUUGUGAACGAUUUGAGCGACACAAAGUCGAAUGAAGAUUUUUUGUUUGAACUCACUGAGAAAGGACGAAUAACGUACAGUUACAGGUCUUGUAAAAUAAUUCUACUUUACGCUCUUUGUAUAUAAAUUUAUUCAAGGGAGAAUGUUGGCUUUUGACAUUAGUCAUCCAUGUACUUAGCCCGUGUUGAAUUAUGAUAUUGUCGUAACAGGAAUUUCUACCUAUCUACUACCGUCAAAGAAAAAACAUCACUUGUUAAAUUAGUUUUCCCUUUAACAGAAAGUUGUUGUUUUCUUUUUUUGUGAUAAGAAGGGCGUCUAUUGUCAAUUGUACUUCGCCAUUCCCCUCUUGACUUUUGGCUUAAGGCCAUAGUUUAAGAUCCCUGGCUGUAGUUCCCUAUCAACUAAGUUGUAAAGUGUUUAACUGGCCGCAGGCACAAACGUCAGAUCUGCACUUCUCGUCUUUAGGAUUUUUACAGCUAGUGAAAGCGUCAACACUCCUAAGUAUUCGUGAAGAUGUUUUUAACUUGAUGUUUUUGCCUUACCGUAUUCAGGAGAACGCUUCGUUUGUACUGUCCUAUGAAUUUGCAGAAAUUCCCAAUGGAUGAGCAAAUUUGUGAAAUGGCAUUUGAAAGUUGUAAGUAUGUUUACACGGUAUUUAUACUUCAACCAUCUAUAUGAAGCAAAUUUCAAACAGUUUGGCAAAAGGUAGAGUCACAAUAUCCCAAGAAACAAUUGAAAUACGAUUGUUGCGAGUCUUCUUUAAUACACCGUUACUUUGUCCGGUGGAACAUUAAAGGAAAACCCACAUAAAUGGCACCCUUAAAGUGACUGAUUAAUGGCCCAGUUCAGACGUCGGGGGCGUGCCGUGCCGAACGGACAUUAUAUAUUUUGUUUUUAAGACAGCACGCGAGGCACAAGCAACCUCUCUGAUUCAGACGCCGCAACAAGUCGAAAAAUUCAGGAUUUACUGAUGCCUUCCCUCCUGUUUUAUCCCAAGUCCUCGUGGGGACGGCGGGUGUCCCAAAAUACAUUAAUAUAAUGGGAUAAUUUUUUUUGUGUAUCUGGACGUUUGAAUCGCUUGAUGCCGCUUAAAUGAAAUAAACGGCAGCGCUUGUCGAACUUAAUUGCUUGCCGAACUUAAUUCAAACUGGAAUUCAGACACCGUGCUUAUCCCAACUUUUGUCGAACUUAAUUCCUGAAUUUAGUUCGGCAACGGCAAUAACACGACGUCAGAAUACUAUCUAACUGGAAGAUAAUGCCUACCGUAAACCCAUAGUUACCCUUCACUUCCAACUGGUUCGUAUACACCGUCGUAAGUGGUUCAAGGAGGGCUUUUAAACGGAGGGGCUUACAAACGGAGGGGGUUAUAUCCAAGGGGGCUUAUAAACGGAGGGGGUUAUAUCCAAGGGGGCUUAUAAAUACAGGGGCUCAUAUCCGAAAGGGCUUAUAAACGGAGGGGGUUAUAUCCGAGUGGGCUUUUUCGUUUACGGGUAGAUGUGUUUAUCACUGUGGGGGGUCUUUAUAAAUGGCAGUUGACUGUAUACGUUUUUAUUUCAAUUGCCGUAGAUUCAUACGCUGUUGAAGAUAUUAUUCUCACCUGGCUUAGUCCAGACGCCCUACAAAUAGAUGGAAAGUUGCAGAUCCCUCAGUAUACUCUGGUUGCCUGGAAACAAAAACAUGAUCUUAACAAAUAUAGUACAGGUAAUUACUCCAACCCGAAAGGCAAUGAGGCAAGCUUUGAUUUUUUUCAUUUUUUUUAAUUCUCUUAUGCCCGGUGAGUUACUAUGGAUAUGUGACACAAUUAUUUGAUUUAUUAUGUAACAGGUGAAAUUUGAAUAUUGCAAAUUGUAAAAUUGUUCUUUGCAUUUUGCCGGCUUUUGGGAAAUUUUACGAGUAAAUUUUCAUAGCGGAACUCCUCGCGCGCCAAGCGUAGCCCCAUGCAUUGCUAAGAAAAUUUGGUUAUGACGUCUGCGUACGCCCGCCCGUACGUACACUACAUGUUAGCCGAUUUCAAGUGUCACAUAAGAUCUUGCACAAAUUGACACUAUCCUGUCCGCUAUAUAAGCCAUCUGUAUGAAGAUGAAUUGACAACUGUCAAAAUCAGGCAUUCGCUGACAAAUAUCACAUGGCCAUCUCCAGGGCUCAGAUGAAAGACCGGUCGUUUUGAGGUGAAGUUUUGCAUUUUAAGCACGUCGAUCGUUUCAGCGGUUAAUCGCAUGGCCGCCCGGACUUUUAGGGAGAGUCGAGGUAGAGAGGGAGAGAAAACGUGUCUUUCUUUCGACUAAAUUUUAAUGUCCACAUUAACAUGGAUAACAGGGAGAAAGCUAGAGCGAGAAAUAAAACUGAGUCCAGUUUAGUUGAAAGAAAAAAAAAGAAAAAUUUAUAGCGGCCAGCAAAGUGAAAAUGAGCGGCAGUGAAAAACCAAAGUGAACAGGAACACUAAAAUUUCCUCCAUAAGUCGAGUAACUAGGGAGUUUCUAGAAGUGUCACGUUUUGGUCGUGCAAACUGACGGCAAGGAAAUAUACAAAAGGUGUGCCGCACGUGCAAAAUAUUUGCAAAUUAGACCUAUUGUUGUUGUUGUUUAACCGUCCUCGUUGUCUUAACCGUCUCUUUAGUAUUACAUGAUUUUAUAUUUUCAUGGGGUAAACUAUAAAUAUUAAAGAGAGCUUCGCUUUUAGCCCUGGCUAAAUCUAUAUAUUGAGCCUUUAAAAAGUUGACAGAUGGAUCAUUAAGAUUAUACGUUACAUAUAUUUACCCAUUUUAUGUUAUUAUUCUUAGGGAAUUUCACUUCAUUAGCAGCAGUUUUGCAUUUCAAAAGGCAACUCGCUGCUUACUUCCUUCAAGAAUUCAUUCCGACCAUUUUGAUCGUGGCAAUCAGCUGGGUUAGUUUCUGGAUCGAUGAAAGAUCGGUGCCCGCUCGGGUGUCCCUCGGAAUCACGACAGUCCUCGCGUUAACAACGCUUAUGUUUGGAAUCCAAACCUCUAUGCCGAGAGUUGGCCACGUGAAAGCCAUCGACGUCUUUCUACUAUGUAGUUUUUUCUUUGUAUUUUCCGCCCUGAUAGAAUACGCCAUCAUCUGCACAUUAUCGAACGCACAUUCGUCAAGGGUGGAUGGUAGCUUGAAGCAACACUCACAUGUGAAAGUGAUCCCGUCUGAAAUACUUGAUGAGAACAAGAACGGGAAAAUAGCUGGCGACAAAAACGAAACGCCAAUUCAAGACUUGGCGAGAAAACAAGGUGAAAUUCAGGUAAAUAUUUCUAUUAAAUGUUGCAGCACGCUUAAUAAUUAGUCUAUCUGCUGCAGGUCAAGUAUUUGCAUUGUUCUCCUGUUGUGUCUUUUACAGAGCAGCCCGCAAUCCUAAUCUCCAGGUUGUUAUUACCCAUGCGUCGCAUGUGUUUCAGCCUGCUAGCCAGCAUUUUUUUGGACUUCCACUAAGAAUGAAUGGAAUGCACAGAACGCAAUUUGAUCACACGCGUUUCGAACUUCUACCCUCUGGCAAGUGAAACCUACGCAAAGCACCAGCGUUGAGGCAAAAGCGUUUCAGUGCGGCUUCGAUCGUUGUCGCUCGCACUCUGUAACCUUUGGUUGGUUAAGUCUUCUGUCAUAAAAAUGAACGAGAAUGACACUGUUAUGUUACAUAUCGUUAAACUACAGGCUAACCUACUAGAUACUGUUCCUGCGGGGGGAGGGGGGGCAUACUCCUUCAUAUAAGCUAUGUACGUAUGCGCUAUUCCAAACGGUGCCGUUUCGGUCUGUUGGCCAUUUUGCUCUGGAAUCGGGUAUGGGGGAAUGUUUGAAGAUAUUUGUCCUUUUAAUUCCAGAUGAAUAAGAAAGAAAGUGUAAUAUGGAAAGUCGAAAUGGAGUUUAAGAAAUCUUUUUGUUGGUGUCCUUUUGUAAGUAAUAAUGAGACAAUUUCUUAGAGGCCAGCUCUAAAAACGAGCGUGGACAGGAGACCAAGGGCUCCAGUUCCCGUGUGCAAAAUGACAUUUUUUUUGGUCUUAAUUAAGGUCAGGAUUUGGAGAACCGGCCGUUCACCAGCACCAAGAACUCCUAGGAGUACCCCCCGGGCAUUCGGUCUACAGAGCUUAAAGUGGCAGAAAGAAUCUUAAUCGCUAGGCAUAAGAUGCAAAUUCUUUUAGUCCCAUAUUUUCCUAUGCCAAUCUAAAGCACUUCAUUUUUUAUUUAGUAUUGGUUCGCAUAAAACUUGGCUUCUCUCUACCCACCACCGACUUUGACGUUUCGAUAUCUGUUUUAAGUCGAAUCUCCCCCCGGGGGGGGGGGGGGGUACUUCCCUAUAAGAGGCUAAUGGGGAUGUGCCGCUGGAUGGGGUCGCAUUUUCAAUGGAGUUACUAGAAAUGGGGUCGCACAUUUUCUUUAUUUUUGGGUAAGACAGUUCUUCAUAUUUACGAUUAGCAAAUGUACCAGAAUGCUUGUACUGUAGGUGAAAAGUAUCUGGUGAGAUAGAUUGGUAGAAUAUGAAUAGAAAAGUUACCAUAAAAGUUGGGAUGGCGAAAAUUACAUAUUUGCCCAAAAGUGACUAAGAUGCGGAAUGGACUAUAAUAGGGUAGAGGCUCUGACAGGCCAGCUUGUAUACCCAGCAAAAAUUAACCCAAUAACCUCCCCCCCCGGGCGAAUCUACCGCACGCGAGCACCCAAACUCAGACCUAAGAUUUAGUUGUCAACAAUUGAUAAUUGUGAAACCGUUAACCCAAACGACAGUCGCAGUUUACGAGAGGCGAUCGUUUACGAGAGCUUCCGAAGCCAACUAAAGUGACGGUUUGGGAAUAUUCCUAUGUCUUAGAUAGGAAGAAGAAGGAAAGGCGUGCUUUUAGUCAAUUUGCAGAUAAUAGUCCACUUUGCUUAAAUUGCUUACCUUAUUGGGGACUUGCUAUUCUGCCUCUAUUUUGGUGUGGUUCCAAUUCAAAGAAAGGAAAGAAUAAUAGAUGGUGAAUUUAUUUAUUCAAAUCCCUUGUUUACGUAGUACUUUUAAGUGCUUUAAGAUUAAGAUAAUACGAAACUUGUGUGUAGUUUCUUAAAUACUUUUUUUUGCCGUAACGUGUGCUCGAUAUGAAACACUGCAUCGCAGUUCUCAUUACCUAUUACUCUCCUUUAUUUUUCAGAGAAGAGACCACAGCGAAAAUCAUAAUUCUUCGCACUAUUUUCCACCCUGGUUUUCCAGAAAGCGCAGUUCCGGCGUUACAAAAGGAGACUCAUGGCUGUCAUUGAAUCAGCGACAGCCGUGUGACAUUGACCGGCACUGCAGAAAGUUGUUUCCAAUGGCCUACGCCUUGUUUCUGUCAAUAUACUUUGUGGUCUACUACUUUGCAGACAUUUGAGAUUGCAAUUUAUGCUAUAGCCAUAAUAUCACAAUAGUAUUACCCUACUUGAAUGACCGCGGGCCGGACAGGAAUUGCUGUAUCAUGUAUUCGCCAUCAGACUUGAUCAGAUAUAACACGGUCGGCCAGGCAACGCUUAUUUAAAAGUUGUACGCGACAGAGAAUUGUUUUAAUCUCGGUAUUACUAUUUUCCGUAUUAAACUUACAGAAUUAACGUCUUUUAAUUAUAACUAUAUCGGGGCUGCGGCGCUUGUUAAAUCCCCCCCACAAUGCGGUGCUUAAAUAAAAGAAUGUAUGGGAAGCUAGUCCCAUACAUUCUCUUAACGUUAUUCGCUAGUUUUUCCCUGUGCAUCUCUUUCUGCGCAUAACAAAAUGGCCACUCUGAAAAAGAGCAUUACUAAAAUGAAGUUAACUGAAGAGAAACGCUAUUGGAAUUUUCGCUCGCGGUUGUUUCUCGCCGAUAUGAGACUCAAUGUGUUGGGAAUGGCAAUAACGCAACCUUGUUAGAUCUUAAUCAACAACAACUCGCUCGAUCAGUUUUUCUUACAUGGUACCAUCAGAACUCAGAAGAUUAUAGAAGUUAUGAUGCUGAUAAGAACUACUGGAGAAAGUGUCAAGUUUAUCGGAAGUAAGUAUAUUCAAGAGAGUCUUAUAAACACAACGCCGAAUAGACCUGACUAUUUUCUUUUUUUUUGCAAGAAAGUCAGGCAAAAGUGUUGACCAAUCAGAGCAAACUUUAUUUCAAAACAAAAACAAACGACCUCGUUGCAUCAAGGUUGGCAAUGGGCCCUUAAAAUCGCUGUGUGAAAAAUACUGCAAUUAUCUGCUGACCACCACGCAGAGUGACCGCUUUGCCAAGUUGUGAACACUUUGUUUCUCUGUCCCAGACCUCGUCUAUCCCCCCCUGAAAUAAACCAACAUUAGAUAUACCUAAAAGUGAAAGAAGCAUUGUAUACCGUAUCCGAAAAUGGCCCAUGGAUUCCAAAUUAAAGAUCAUCAUCUACUGCUUAUCCUGAUGGACGCCACAUCUUCGUCCGCACAGCGGAAACGACUUUCUUUCUUUUUUCUUUAAUAAUUUGUUUCUUUUGUUGCCAGUCUCAGAUUGUUGUGGGACUGGUUGUUUCGGAAAGUAGGGUCCCGAGUCUUUAUUUCCUAGGCGGUAUCUUUACAAGAUAGGUAGCCCCAGCAAUUGUCUAAGGUAGAAGGAUCCUACGCCUGGUGCUAGUUAUGAGAGCCAACACUGCGGAUUAUGACAUCAGGUGCCUCCUCAACAACAUCCAUUACCCGCCCCCAUGACUUCACGUAGGGCUUUCCACGGCAAGUUCCUCGAGAUUUUCCAAAAAGUUUCGCGAGAUUUCUCAAAAAAUUGCUAAAAAAAGCUAUCAAAAGUUGCUUUUUCUAACGAAAGUUGCUCUAAAGUUGCUCAAAAAAACAAAAACUUUUUAAAGCCUGAUGCUAAAAUAUGCAAAUUGUACAACAAAAAUAAGAUUUCUAAGCAUUUUUGUGUAAUUUUGCGACGUAACCAGUGUUGCUAAAAAAACUUUGCCCUCAAUUUAAACCAAAAAAUAUAGUGAGCCAAUAAAAUUGUUGAAUGACCUUCUUCACCCGAGACACUCAAGGCAGUCGAGCAUGAAUCUUGGUCCAUCACUUUGAAUUUUCUCCAAAAACCGCUGACCUUAGCAGCCUAGCAACAUUUAUCUUGCGCCCAUGAGCAUGAUCUGCCCCAGGGGGAGGAUUUGGCUCCUCUUUUUUUUUUACAGGAAAUUCAUAGAUUGUCUACUAAGACAUUGUGAAAGAUGGAAGAAAUGCCAAUUUAAGCAGUAAAAGCUGCUCGAUGUCUUAGAAUUAGAAGAUAAGUAGAGAAAUUGCUCAGAAUGCAAAAAGUUGCUCGAAAUACGAGACGUUGCCAAAAAGUUGCAGAGCAACUUGUGGAAAGCCCUAACUUCACGUAACCCUGAUCGAGGGGCUGACCGGGUACUACACCCCGCCCACGGGUGACCCGUAGGCUAGCGGAGGGAAGGAGUUGCCUUACUUCUCCUGUUGCAUAAUUGGUGGAGGAUACCCCUACUCCACUACCGUCGGUAUAAAUCAAACAAUUUCUAAUAUCCCCGUAUACCAUGUACCUGCAUAUACCUAUGAGCCCUGCCCUAAACUGGUGUAGCCUGAGAAAGCCAAGCUAAAAUCAAUGCGCUAGAUAGAUAGGUUUCAAAUGCUUCAAUUAAAUUGGUAAGGGUAAGUAGUAUAGGAAGGAAAACAUGGUCUCCAUUUCUGUUAGGGUAACCUGACUGGUCUGUGAUGGAUGAGGUAAAAAUCUGACAAAUUCAGUCCCCUUUUGCUUCUCUCACGUACUUUUUACAGGGGCGGAUCCAGGUUUUUUUUUUAGGAGGGGGUACACUCGUCUCUUGCUCUACUUCAACACCAAUAAACCACAUAGUUUUUUUUUUGCAGAAUACCAGUUGUAUUAGAAAACCGCAGGUCAUCUCGGGGGGGGGUGCACCCCUGCACCCUCCUCCUUGAUCCGCCCCUGUUUUAAACGACUCCAUUGAAUUUUUCUCCGAUUGUUUUCGGACGUUAGACGAUCAUAAAAAAAGGGGUUCAACAAGCUGAAUCAUUUCACGUAAGUGUCGGAGUGAGCAAGCUCAGUAUUCUCAGCACGCUCCGCUUUCCACUCCUCAGACGUGGGCAGCGGUGAUUCGCCGCACAAAGGGUAAUGGGAAAGGCAGUUUUUACGUAGAGCCUUCCCAUGUGCCUUUACGUUUAUAACCUUUCCCAUCAUCCAUCAUCCUUUCCACUACACACCACAAAUGUCCCCGCCUCCUUGCGCCAUAAAUAGUGCCGAAAAUUGCUAAGCCUGUUUACGAGGUAGGACACUGACAAAAUUAGUUAACUUUGUAAAAAAAGUUUCAAAGGUUAGGGAAAAACGGUGUCCGGUCCUGGAUGAUAACAGUUUUUUGAUGUUCAGUUAAUACGAAAGCUCAAUCAAUUAUUUACUCAUUACUUAAUGCUUGGUCAACGAAGAUGGAGAAGUUUCAAGCAACGAUGUUAAUGAACCUUGUGAACAAAUAAGAAUAACGUUGUCUUUGUUUUCAGUCAGUGAUACAGGCCACUCGAAAAGAAAGGAAAUAAAAAUCAGGGCUCACUCAAGGGGAGUCGAACAUAUUGCUAGGAAUGGAAUGGUGUUAGUUGAUAAGUGACAUAAUGUAUAGGCGAAUCUUUGUUGAGAUUUCUUGCCUUAUUUACGUAGCCUUUUCAUUGUUUGAUCAAGCUAUUAAGUUUUCGUUUCUGAGUAUUGGCUGUGCCGAACCAUAUUAGUUAUCUCAGGUUAACGAGCUCUCAAAAUUUUUCAACUUAACUUGUUGAUACGACGGCGCCUUCUAUGGGUUACUUCGCUUGCUAAUGAACAAAAGUAUACACAGUGACGUCAGCAAAAGCACUUGGAAAGUACCAGUACCAGAGCCUAGUUCCUGAUAAGCCUACUAAUCAACGGUUUUAUUUUUUGCCUAUCUAAAGGUUUUUAAUUAAGAAUUAUUUUGAUUUGUGGUAAAUGAUAUUGUGAGAAAAGCUGGUAAACGUUCAAUAACAUUUUUCAAGUUUCAGUUUAAUGUUCCUAGAGAAGAAAACUUUGGGUAUAGUCUGGCCUUACCCUGGAUGAAUCUUUAAAGGUUAGAAUUGAAAGCUUAUAAAGCGAAUUAGAUCUAGUCGACUUGGAGAAUUAAGAAUCAUAAAAAGAAAAGUUACACUUGGGAUCAAAAGUCGCCUACAAUUUUAUGUCCCUUAGUUUUUUUUAUCUAAUUUCCAACAACAUUUGUGAUUUUGUGGGAUCCAAUGAAACUUUAGCCUGCGAAAACAUCCGUUUCUCCUCGCUCUUCGCCGCCGGGGACGUUUCGCAAACGUCCACAUCGACGAAGAGCGGGGAGAAACGGAUGUUUUCGCAGGCUAAUGAAACUUUAAGGGUGAUGUUACACGGGAAAGUCGUUUGGCAACGAUGAUUUUUAGCGCAACACAGCAGUAUAAUAUUGUUGGUGUCGACUCGGCGCCAUUGGUAAGUCACUUGUGUCACUGACUGAAAAUUAUUGUCAAUUCGAAGUAAAUUUUGUGAUAUUUCUUUUCAAGUCUAAUCAACAGUAAGAAACAAAAGAAAUGGCGCCCUAGCGUGCUAAGCAUUAACCUGUGUUUAAUUGAGGAGUAAUUACGCGUGCGCAGUAUCUAAACAGGUGCAAUGUCGAGCAAUGUCAGCGAUGCAAUUGCAAAAAGUUUCACCGAAAUACUACAUGAUAAACGCCAGUGAAGUUGCAUAUUUCUAACUUGGUCUGGGGAAAAGUCAAUUAUCCUAAAAAGGCCAAACCUUGUCGAAACGUCAGUCACUGUCAACAACAACAGUCCUAUUCAGGACUACGUUUACCCGGACGAUCAAACUCAACCUACUUUUGAAAUAUUAUUUAAGGAAACAAGUUCAUUCCUCUGCUCUCCCGGAGCUUACUUUAAGAAAUGAACCACAAAUUUCAACCUCCGUGGAAUUGUAGACACGAUAAUAUGUUUUUCCACCUGCUCACGGCUUCUCAAUCUUGUCAAUCUUUGAAAGCAAUUAACAGCGGGCCCUAAACAGUACCGAAAAGAUAAAUGAUUAUAUUCAGCUCAUUAGCAGAUGCUUUUCCUAACUAUCGCUUAGUUUGCGUGUGAAUCAUAUCGAGCAGCGAUUUCUUUCGUGGAAGCGGGUUAUUUUUGAAGGUACGCUAAUCUUCAAUUUACUUUUGGCGAAAUAUUUUUAAUAAUUUGUCAUCAAUUUCGAUUAUUUGCAAACUCCAAUCGAUGUAUUUCGCAAAUGUCCUAUUUCGCGUUGAAAAUAAUUUUUCUUGGCGUGGAUUCCUGUCAGUGGUUCGAUGAUUAGAUAAGAUAAAACGUAUUUGUCUUAUCACUCCACCGAUAAAAAUGAAGUAUUUAACAAGGCUAUCAAGUUGCGUGUUCUACAGGUUAUUGUGAAGAAACACAGUAGACUAUGCCAAUUAACGAUUAACUCCAUAGGCACUUUGCCUCUAACAAUUUUUCUCUGUUGCUCUAUUUUGGUGUCAAGAAACAUGGCUUAUAAGGCACAAUGUCAAUUCUUUUAGCUAAUCUGAAAUGUCACCCAUCUCCUCCACCAACCCACUUCCCUCUAAGCGGGCUGCGCCGCACUAGGAACUGUCCAAUUGAAGAGUUGGAUAGCGCUAUCCACCAGAUAAAUCGCUAUCCACUGGAUUGUGAUUUAUCCAGAGCCACAUUAAAUGACUGAAAUAUAAAACGCAACUGCUAAUAACAAUAAGGGAACACUGAAAUCACACAGAAAAUCGAAAAUUAGAUAGACAUAUCACACGAUAGACAUAAUAAGAAAAUGAAAACGGAUUGCAAUUUUUGUCUGUUAUAAAGCUGUAAUUUGGCGUCCUCUGUAUCAAGAUUGAGUAAUUUUCUUUGCUAGUGUUAUUCACCAUGCGUAGAUGGCAAAACUAAAAAAAAUUGACGAAAAUACUUUGAUGCAGUCCCUCCACAGGGGGGCGACUUUUGUAAUGUCACGUACAUGAAUCAUGAAUCGUUUGCACACAGCAUCCACAGAGUGUUAAAGAAGCAAGUUGUUCAUUGUGGGCCGGAUUAAACACAAGCCGUAAGCGUUAAAUUUGAAUUCAAAUCUGAUUUUGUAAAGCCAAAUGCUGGGAAUUAUCUUUAAUGCUUUAAAUGACUAAUUCAAAGAACUAACAAUGAAAAAAAACGUGUAAACGAGAAAAAAAAAAACAGCUUAAAAAUCCAACUAAAAACCACAUAUUUUUAACAUAAUUCUACUGGCAAGAGAAGGAUUAGCUUUUCUGUGAAAUGAUUGGACGGAACUAAUCGCUAGCGCUUGGGUGACUUAAAUAUCAUUGUCGUGAGCGAACAGAUAACCUUGGUAAGGCAGGUAAAAAAAUGCAAAUUGUUAAAACUAUCACCCGAAACGUUCGAAAACUUUCAACGUUAGUGCUUAUGCUCGCCGGAUAGAAUUACUGCUAUUUUUGUAAAGUGGUCGCGCAAUGACGUCUGACUGUGUUUCUGAAACGAUUCCUUGGAUUUAGCCUGAGAAACAUCCAACAUUUCUCGACGCCAAAGGAUUCUGCUUCGAAACUUUAACCUUCCGACUUCGGUACUGAACCUAUGUUCCAAGUUCUUUAAUUUUCACUGAUACCAUAUUGCCUGUUUUAUGAGAAAAAUGUGAACAUAUAACUUUUUCUUUUCUUGUAAACAUGCCAUUUCAUUUGUUGUUGUUGUUGCAGAUUUGGAUUUUGUAAAAAAGCUUUUGAAGAUAGAUAAAAAAAUCGUAUGAGCUAGCCUAGGCGAUAUGCUACUCUACUGAAAGUAACUUUGGGGUCAGUUUUUCUCUCUUGUGGUUCUAUCACAUGCUUUUAUCAUUUUCUCAUUAGUCUUUUUGUGUUCCAUAUCCCUUCUCUGAAAACUUUCUUCUGUGCCGACCAUCUACCGGCAGCCUCAAGAAAUUUCUUGACUUUAGUCCAGACUCACAACUUUCGGCUUCUUUUCUAGGUUAAAUGGCUGUCUUAAGCAUUCUUUUGUGGCUGUAUUUUGUCGACCAGGUCAUUUUGGAAGCAGCAGGGAAUUCAGACAGGUAGGUACAAGUUUAUUGCAGUUUAAUUCUGCAAAAAAAGGUUCAGCUUACUUAACAGCCGAUGUCAGGUUCAGGGGCGGAUCUAGGGGGAGGGUGCUGGGGGUGCGCACCCCCCUGAAAUGACCUGCGGUUUUCUAAUACAACUGGUAUUCUGCAAAAAAAUAUGUGGUUUAUUGGCGUUGAAAUAGAGCAAGAGACGAGUGCACCCCCUCCUAAAAAAAAUCCUGGAUCCGCCCCUGAGGUUAAUGAUAUUCUACGGUUAAGGAUCGGUAAGGGUUUGCUUUUAGUUUCAACGAAAAUUGAUGAUUUUAUUACUUGACUCCACCUUAUGUUGCGUACUUCAGCCGUUGCGAUACUUAAAACUUAUUGUAGCAAAGUGUUAUUCCAAUAUACCCAGUCCCUGCUAGUUUUGGCUGGAAACGAGCUCAUGCACAGAUUUCAGAAUUCCUACAAGUUUAAUGAAGCAUUAAUUCUAAUACAGUAAAUUCAGACUCUAUUUGUUAUCCCUCUAUUCAAUUCUAUUAAAUCUUCGGGUGACAAAAUGUUAUAGUAUCUGUUGCAAUUUACACGCUGGCUGCAAUGCACAGUUUAGGAGGGACAAGAAACAGGAGGUUAUUUUUCGAUCUUUUUUUGCCGGCGCACUUUGCGUAAAGUACCAUGUUUUUGCCCAGUUUUAAACUCUGCCUCCUUUUACGGAUUAUGCAGCAUCUGUUAUGGUUAUUCCAAUAAAUCUAUUUUACUUUGAUUUAACGAAAGUUACUUAAUAAGAACUGCCGUAAGAUUGAAUCAUUUCAGCUUCAGUUUGAUCUUAAGCAUAGCUGGCCAAUUUGUAGCAAUUUCAACUAGAAACUGUACACUAGCUAGCCAACCCUUUUGCUUUUCAGUGAUUUCACAAACAAAACGUUGGGAGCUCGCACUUCCAUGAUGUUAGAAAAGAUGCUGAUUGGCUAUGACAAGAGACUGCGGCCAGAUUUUGGAGGUAUAUAACUGCUAAUCUAUAUCGCUUUAAUGCAAACGUGCAGUUAAACUGAAUUUCAGCGUAAUUUAAACCAUAUUAAAAUCACUAUAAACGAUAUCUCAUUUCCAAAGAAAUUGAUGGAUGCAUGCAGUCUAUUCAAAUACGGUUUUUACUCUUGCGCUUAGAAACCGCAGUUGGCACAUGUAAUAAAAGUGAUUUUUUUGGUCUUGCUUACAGGUGCUCCAUGUAAAAUCAACAUUUCCUUGCACGUGUUGUCAAUGGUUCCCAUUAAGGAAAUCGAUAUGGUAAGUUUAUCAUCUACCUUUAAUCAAGAUACCGAGACUAUGUCCCUGUUUUUCUUUCUCGCUAGCAACUACAUUACUCGUCAAAUUUUGUUGAAAUACCAGACUAAAACUGAAGUUUUUCCACCUAACACCUUCUCAACCGACUUAUCUAUCUUUUAUCUGUGUGUACUAUUUCUUCCCUUCGCCAUUGUUGAGACUAACGUUUUUUCGCAAAUGGGUAGCAAAUAAGGUCAUGAUUCAACAUUUUAGAGGGCGUAACGUCACAAGUUUUUCAACAAAUGUAACGACUUUUGUAUCUCCAAUCAGGAAAGACAACUCUGUAUUCAGUAGAUAUUAACAUAACGAUCCUCACGUUCACGCUCUUGGCAUCACAGUUUUGCAUGUUUUUCCGCGACUAGUAACUGGUGACUUCUGUCAGUUCCGAGCUUGGCGAGUCGUACCCGUUUAAAUUUUCCAGCGCUUAGCAGCCGUUGCGUGUUUUUCACUCACGUCAUCGCUUCGAGCUUUAAUUCAGCCAGGUUAUAAGAGUUCGAAGUAGAACUUAGUGUAAACCUACAUAUUUUGUCCCAGGCCACUGCCCAAACGCACUCGGUCUUUGUUAUGGUAGAACAGUCAAACCUCCACUAACAACCAUCUCUCCACAAGGGCCACUUUCUUCUGUUCCCAAGGGGGCCAUUGUGGAGGAGUUCGACUGUAGAUGCUAGGAUGGUCACAAAUAUUUAGUUUUAUCAAGAGUGAAUAAAGUCAAUUACCAAUGAAGAAAAUAUUGAACAGCUGACGUCUCGACCACUAGCUCUUCGUCAGAAGCGAAUCCUGAUCUUAUCCAGCCAAGUCUCUAGGCAUUCUCGGCUCGGUCAAUCCUGGACUUUACCGUGAUCUUUGACGUCACCAAGAGAGUCGCCAACCCUUUCCCAGAAAAGGGACAAGAGUAGGCUGGAUCAUCCAUUUUAGGCCACAGGAUACUUUAGUGCUCUAAAAACACCAAUCUGCACAUUUAAGGCCGCUGGGUAAAAUGGUGCAUUAAUUGGAAUCUGCACAGAAUCUAUGACCAUUUACCAGCGAAGAAUGUCUCAAAGGAUAUGUCAUGAUAAGGAACGGGUGAACAUUAGUAGCCAAAGACAAGUUCAGAAGCAUACGCUUGUGACAUGUUUAGGUAUUUUGCAAUAUUUUGAACCCUUUCGUCCAGACCAAAUAUCAUUCGAGCCAAUUCUGGAAUUCCGCCUGCGCUUUUCCAUUCAUGAUCCUCUUAGCAAAUAAUGGCUUUUUUAAAUUCCAGGAGGUGACGAUCGUUAUGUUCUUCCGUCAACAUUGGCUUGAUCCUCGUCUAGCAUAUGGUUCUUCACUGGGAAUUCCAAAGAUGAGGCUCCUCGGGAACAUAGUCGAUCAAGUUUGGCUACCGAACACUUUUUUUGUAAAUGAUUUGAGCGACACAAAGCCGAGUAAAGAUUUCUUGUUUGAACUGACUGAAGAAGGACAUAUUACGUACAGUCACAGGUGCUUAGAAAUCUUUUUAACUUAAUUCUUUUCACUUGUUUUUGAAAAAGUUGACUUCUUAAAAACAAUUCCAUUGGCAUCUCUUGUCAACAAAUUAACUGUUUACUGUAGUGCUAUAAAGAAGAUACUAUUAUCACGUUUUUGUCUAAUUAUGUUCAGGAAAUCACUUCGCCUUUACUGUCCUAUGGAUUUGCGAAAAUUUCCCAUGGACCAGCAAAUUUGUGAAAUGGUAUUUGAAAGCUGUAAGUAUUUCAAUACAUACAAAACAUUACUUUUUCAUAUUUAUAUUCAGAACUGCCACAGCAAUGUGGUUGCGAUCCUCGUGGUCAGCACCAUUGUACUGAGAGUUCUGCCUGGAACCAGGAUAACACACAAACGCACUAGUUUCCCAUUUUUGUAACCGAUGGUCCGUUAUUGUUUCAAUGUCGCCCCCAGCGCCUGCAUUACCCUUAUCCAGCAGAACAGGCGAUCGGAACGAGAUUGUCUUUGUUUCAAAUUUCUGAGUCUGCGCAGAAAGCCCGAAGUCUAUGUUUUGCGGACUUCCUGCUUCGGCCUUAGACAGAACUCUCGAUCCUUGGCGCUGGUCAAUGAUCGCAACUUUAGAGACGAGAAUGCUGUAACAAUAUCGUGUGUAAGAGAAAGUGUAAUAUGAAUCCUUGCAAAUUUUACUCAGCCUUAUGCUUUUGGUUAUGUUGUACGUGCAAAAAGUUGACAGAAUCUGCAACGUGCAAGUUUAUCCUGGUAGCUUAUUUACCUUUCUUAGAUUCAUACAAUGAUGAGGAUAUCUUCUACUCCUGGCUAAAUCAAAACUCCGUACGAAUAGACAAAAAGGUUCAGAUACCUCAGUUCACGCUGUUGGAUUGGCGACAAAAAUCUUCUCUUCACGAGUAUGCUACAGGUACUGAUUCAGUCUGUAACUGUUAUCCCUGUAUGAGUUAUCACGCAUCCAGGGACUGGUCUCCCAGAGUUUUGUUUGUUUUAAUACAAGAGAGUAAUGAUUGAUGUUGUAAUAUAUUAGGGGGACUCAGCAGCUACCAUGGUAUUUGCUAUUUGGCAUAUUAAUUCCUUUGCUGUCUGUGGCUGUGUUUGUGUAUAGUGUGAGCUCGGUCUUGCGGUCACCACUUAAGAAUAAUUCAGCUCGAGGAAAAUUUGCCCAAAAUUUGAUCGAGUUGGAAAAGUCUCGAUAAAAUCUGAAAGAACGCGAAUAAACCAGGUGGCCUUAAAAAUGUUCCAAUAAAGUAUUUACCUUCAAAACGAAUCCCCGAACAUAAUGGUUAAAAAAGUGAACUUUCAUGUCCCGGGUUCAACUCUGCCGCGAGAGUAAAAUAAUCAGGGGCACCCUAGCAUUGUUAAACGUAUUUUGGUAUUUAAACGGUAGAUAUAGGCAUAUUUUUAUCCCCCAAAAAUUUUUCAUCUGUUCGGAUUUCCUAGCUGAAAGUCUAGUGAUCCGAAAAUUAUAGGGAUCAAAACUUACCUUUUCAAAAAUUUCAGCCAGAAAAAGGGCUCCCGGAAAUUCUAGGUGACCUUUUUAGGGUAAAAAUCCGUUAAAAAUAGGCAAUUAUACCAUAUUUUAGAUGUUCGAAAAUCCUAGGAGAAGCAGGCAAGCAAGAAAUUUUACAACAAAUGUUCCGAAAAUUCUAGAUCUCAAAUCGUCCUCCGAACAGAUAUUUUCCCGAAAAUUGUCGUUGGGUGCCCCUGAAUGAUUAUAAUCAUUGCCCGUUUGCCCUGCAAAAUAUUAAUAAUGGUUUUAUUUAUCUUCGUUUAAGGGAAUUUCAGUACACUGGCAGCAGUUUUCCGUUUCAAGAGACAACUAGGUUUCUACCUUCUUCAAGAAUUUAUUCCGACCAUUUUGAUCGUGGCACUAAGCUGGGUUAGCUUCUGGAUCGAUAAAAGAUCGGUACCCGCUCGAGUGUCCCUCGGAAUCACGACAGUCCUCGCCUUGACGACGCUUAUGUUUGGGAUCCAAGCCUCCCUGCCAAGAGUUGGUCACGUGAAAGCAAUUGAUGUGUUUUUGCUGGGUAGUUUCAUCUUCGUAUUUGCCGCUUUGGUGGAGUAUGCUAUCAUUUGCACAUUCUCCAAUUUGUUUUCGUCUGGAGCAAAUCCAAAUCUAAAGGGGUAUUUUCAAAGAAGAGUUAUACCGACCAUGAUAUUUGAGGAAAACGAAAACUUGGAAAUAACUAGUGGAGAAAGCGAUACGUUCCAUCAAGUCUUUGAACGAAAACAAGUAGAAUUUCAGGUGAAUGUUUUAUUAUUUUUGGAGUUGCUGCGCGAGUUACUUGGUAAGACGGUUCCAAUAGGGUUCUUCCAUCCCUUCACCCCGACCCAAAUUUUAGCGCAAUCCCCUUAUUGCGACCCAAACUUUCGCGCAAUCCCGUCAUCCCGACCCAAUUUUUCGCGAAUUCAAGUUAUCUCGACCCAAAUUUUCGCGCAAUCCCGUCAUUCCGAACCAAAAUUUUCGCGCAAUCCCGUUAUCCCGAUGGCUAUUUUGGACACACCACUAUACGUGGAACCUAAAAAUCUGCAAUUUCCACCCCUAAGCGAGACAAAGAGCAUCCCCGUCACUUUUAUUUGGGAGUUCCCUUUCCACCCCCGGGAGAUAGCAGCUGAGGAAUGAAAUUCGAGGCUGACCACUGAGAUUAUCAUUAGCAUCAUCAUAAAACCCUGUCCCUAAAGUUCUAACUUUUUUUACUGUCAUUUGGUUUGUAGAAAAGAAGUCAUAACGCAAAACACGAUUCUCUCUUGAGUAAUUUAUCAUCACGAUUUUCCGGAAAGCUUAAUUCCGACGUCAAUACAGGGCAAGCGUCCGUGCACCAGCGACAGCGGUGUGACAUUGACCAACAUUGCAGAAAGUUGUUUCCAAUGGCCUACGUCUUAUUUUUGUCAAUAUACUUUGUAGUUUACUAUUUUGCAGACUUUUAA